AUGGCAAAUAAAAAACGAACAAAUAGUCUCAAAACAUCAUUAAAAACACUACGUCAAAUAAAUGGAUUUGAUGGUACUGAUAAAUUACCAGUCAAUGUGAAUAGAAAAUUACUAGAUCAAUGCUCUGACAUAAUUCAAGAAUUCAUUGACAAUGAUAAAUCCUUCCCAACAAAAACAAUUAAAUCAAAAUCUAAACCGCAAAAACGGCAAGUAUCGAAAAUUAAAAAAUCAAAAAAUAAAGUUACAAAAAAUAAAUCAUCGAAACCCAAUAAAAGUCCUCGAAAGAUCAAAGCAAAACGUAACAUAUCAAAGAAAAAUAUUCAAUCAUUGAAUUCUACUAAUAUGAUAUCUAAUAAUGGUUAUCCUUGUUAUCCAACAACAUUUCCGUGCUUUCGAUCAUGUGGUCCAAUAAAUUGUCCAAAAAAUAAACUACCUAUGCCUCGAGAUCUUUGGUAUCGUAUUAUUUAUUCUCAAAUAAUUGAACAACAAUUAGGAAAUGAACAAUCAAUUAUUUCUAAAAAUCGAUCAGUCACUCAUUUACAUUCAUCAUCAAAACGAAAGCAUAAAGAAGAAAAUAAAUCUAAUACAAAGAAUUCAUUUCAACAACAAACUAUGAAUGCAACAUCUUCAUCAAUAUCAACGAAAAUUAUCAAACUUGAUGUUAAUAAUAUUGAAUAUAUUUCUGAAACUCUACCAUUAGAUGUUGAAUAUAAACAUAAUCAAUCAGGUGUUAUAGAUUCAAAAGUUGACUUUAAAGAUAAUCAUGAAACAAAUUUAUCAACUCAAUCUGCUCAUGCAGAACUUAUCAAUCGUUCAAAAAUUCGUCGUGGUGUAUCAGCAGAUGCUACAUUCGAACUAUCAUCUCUCCAACCAAAACAAUCGGUUAAUGAUAUACCAAAUGAUAAAUCUACUACUGUUUCAUCAACUGUAUCCGAACAUCCAUUAUUUAAUCAAUUGGUUGAAUAUUAUAAUCUUCAUGAUAUUUCUCGUCUUGAACUUUUGAAACGAUUAGAUCGUCGAUUAAUACAUAUACGUCAAACAUUAGAAAAAAUGUCUUCCAAUGAUAUUGAAAUAAAACUAAAAUAUAAACGUGAUGCAUUAGUUAAAAAACGUCAAACACCUGUUCAAUCAUUAACAAAAGAUGAACGAAUAGCAAUGGCUGAACUGGAGUUAAAUGUUUAUGAAUAUGUUAAAAUUCUCGAUGAACCAUCAUUAAAAUGUUUUCAUUCGAAUAGUAUUAAUGAAUAUGAGAUUGAACAACUAGCAGUAGAUUCAGUUUUACCUGUAGGGAAAAGUGUUAUUACAUUUGAAAGAUCUGCAUCAACAUUUAACACAGUUCAUCCACCAGCCAUUAGUCAGUCAGCUGCACUUUUAUCAAUAUCAACUCAGUUUAGCGAACAAAUAGAAAAGUCUACUUCAUGGAAUCACCCACUUUUACCAACUUUGAUGAAUAUGUUCGAACAUUUAACACCAUGGCGCAAAGUUCAAAUACAUAAACAAUUGGCUCGACGAUAUGAACAUAUAUGUAAAAAAACUAAACAAUUUAAUAAAACACAAUUAAACGCACCCUUGGAACAAGCGGAAAAUAUUCCUCAACCAACCGAUGAUGAUCUUUUACGAGCAGCAGAAUUAAAAUUAUCUUUAUUUGAACUUGAACAAGAACAAAUUCAACGAAAUUAA